AUGGUGAUGGUGGUGUUGAAAGUGCUUCUUGUGCGCCAGGAUUUGCCUGCCCAGGUACCGCUACCUGUCCGAGCAGCGAUUGAGACGAAAGAGCUGAUCCCUGAGAGGUGUAAUCUUGCGGAUAGCCGGACCGCUGAGCCUAAGCGUCGCAUACCAUAUGCACCUUUGCGGGUGAUGGCCCGGGCUCAUGUAGCGGUACCAGCCAUCUCACCACUUGCAUUCACCCAGCGUGUUGGAAACCUCACGGCCCGCGAUGAUGCCUCUGCUGUUUCACGCCCAGUUGUCAUUCUGCCCAGGCUAGUACAAGAUGCCGUCUGUGGCUGUUCUGGUGCCGUGGCCACGGGGUCCAAUGACAUUUCGACGACUCGAUCGGGAGGCUUGCAAGGCCAACUAUCUUAG